UUUCCUCGUUUAUUUUCAAACGAAAAUUUGAAGAGUAAAGAAGUUGUUUGAGUUAUUCAUUCAUUAAGUACCUAUUGCAAUUAAAUAAUAUUUUAAUAAUUUGUGUAAGAAGAAUAUAAGUUGACGUUGUGUAGAAAAAGUUUGAGCGUGCUAUUAAACCAUCAUCAUGCAAAUUUUUGUGAAGACCUUGACGGGUAAAACUAUCACUCUAGAAGUUGAGCCUUCAGACACAAUUGAAAAUGUUAAGGCAAAAAUUCAAGACAAAGAAGGAAUUCCCCCUGACCAACAAAGACUGAUCUUCGCAGGCAAGCAACUUGAAGAUGGUCGCACCCUAUCUGACUAUAACAUCCAGAAGGAAUCCACCCUUCACUUAGUCUUGCGUUUAAGAGGUGGUAUGCAGAUCUUCGUUAAAACUUUGACUGGCAAAACUAUCACUCUAGAAGUUGAGCCUUCUGACACAAUUGAAAAUGUUAAGGCCAAAAUUCAAGAUAAAGAAGGCAUUCCCCCAGACCAACAAAGACUGAUCUUCGCAGGCAAGCAACUUGAAGAUGGGCGCACUCUCUCUGACUACAACAUUCAGAAGGAAUCCACCCUUCACUUAGUCCUGCGUUUGAGAGGUGGUAUGCAGAUCUUCGUUAAAACUUUGACUGGCAAAACUAUCACAUUAGAGGUUGAAGCUUCAGACACUAUUGAAAACGUUAAGGCGAAAAUUCAGGACAAAGAAGGCAUUCCACCAGACCAACAGAGACUCAUCUUUGCUGGUAAGCAACUUGAAGAUGGACGCACUCUAUCAGACUAUAACAUUCAGAAGGAAUCCACCCUUCACUUAGUCCUGCGUUUGAGAGGUGGUAUGCAGAUCUUCGUUAAAACUUUGACUGGCAAAACUAUCACAUUAGAGGUUGAAGCUUCAGACACUAUUGAAAACGUUAAGGCGAAAAUUCAAGACAAAGAAGGCAUACCACCAGACCAACAGAGACUCAUCUUUGCUGGUAAGCAACUUGAAGAUGGACGCACUCUAUCAGACUAUAACAUUCAGAAGGAAUCCACCCUUCACUUGGUCUUGCGUUUGAGAGGUGGUAUGCAGAUCUUUGUUAAAACUUUGACUGGCAAAACUAUCACAUUAGAGGUUGAAGCUUCAGACACUAUUGAAAAUGUUAAGGCGAAAAUUCAGGACAAAGAAGGCAUUCCACCAGACCAACAGAGACUCAUCUUUGCUGGUAAGCAACUUGAAGAUGGACGCACUCUAUCAGACUAUAACAUUCAGAAGGAAUCCACCCUUCACUUAGUCCUGCGUUUGAGAGGUGGUAUGCAGAUCUUCGUUAAAACUUUGACUGGCAAAACUAUCACAUUAGAGGUUGAAGCUUCAGACACUAUUGAAAAUGUUAAGGCCAAAAUUCAAGAUAAAGAAGGCAUUCCCCCAGACCAACAAAGACUGAUCUUCGCAGGAAAGCAACUUGAAGAUGGGCGCACUCUCUCUGACUACAACAUUCAGAAGGAAUCCACCCUUCACUUAGUCCUGCGUUUGAGAGGUGGUAUGCAGAUCUUCGUUAAAACUUUGACUGGCAAAACUAUUACAUUAGAGGUGGAAGCUUCAGACACAAUUGAAAAUGUUAAGGCCAAAAUUCAAGAUAAAGAAGGCAUUCCCCCUGACCAACAACGACUGAUCUUCGCAGGCAAGCAACUUGAAGAUGGGCGCACUCUAUCUGACUACAACAUUCAGAAGGAAUCCACCCUUCACUUAGUCCUGCGUUUGAGAGGUGGUAUGCAGAUCUUCGUCAAAACUUUGACUGGCAAAACUAUUACAUUAGAGGUGGAAGCUUCAGACACAAUUGAAAAUGUUAAGGCCAAAAUUCAAGAUAAAGAAGGCAUUCCCCCUGACCAACAACGACUGAUCUUCGCAGGCAAGCAACUUGAAGAUGGGCGCACUCUAUCUGACUACAAUAUUCAGAAGGAAUCCACCCUUCACUUAGUCCUGCGUUUGAGAGGUGGUAUGCAGAUCUUCGUCAAAACUUUGACUGGCAAAACUAUUACAUUAGAGGUUGAAGCUUCAGACACAAUUGAAAAUGUUAAGGCCAAAAUUCAAGAUAAAGAAGGCAUUCCCCCUGACCAACAACGACUGAUCUUCGCCGGCAAGCAACUUGAAGAUGGGCGCACUCUAUCUGACUACAAUAUUCAGAAGGAGUCCACCCUUCACUUAGUCCUGCGUUUGAGAGGUGGUAUGCAGAUCUUCGUUAAAACUUUGACUGGCAAAACUAUUACAUUAGAGGUGGAAGCUUCAGACACAAUUGAAAAUGUUAAGGCCAAAAUUCAAGAUAAAGAAGGCAUUCCCCCAGACCAACAAAGACUGAUCUUCGCAGGAAAGCAACUUGAAGAUGGGCGCACUCUCUCUGACUACAACAUUCAGAAGGAAUCCACCCUUCACUUAGUCCUGCGUUUGAGAGGUGGUAUGCAGAUCUUUGUUAAAACUUUGACUGGCAAAACUAUUACAUUAGAGGUGGAAGCUUCAGACACAAUUGAAAAUGUUAAGGCCAAAAUUCAAGACAAAGAAGGUAUUCCCCCUGACCAACAACGACUGAUCUUCGCCGGCAAGCAACUUGAAGAUGGGCGCACUCUAUCUGACUACAAUAUUCAGAAGGAGUCCACACUUCAUUUAGUCCUUCGUUUGAGAGGUGGAAUGCAAAUUUUUGUCAAAACAUUGACUGGCAAAACUAUCACAUUAGAGGUUGAAGCUUCAGACACAAUUGAAAAUGUUAAGGCUAAAAUUCAAGAUAAAGAAGGCAUUCCCCCUGACCAACAACGACUAAUCUUCGCAGGCAAGCAACUUGAAGAUGGGCGCACUCUAUCUGACUACAAUAUUCAGAAGGAGUCCACUUUACAUCUUGUUUUGAGGUUGAGAGGAGGAGUGUAACAAUAAAAAUUUGAAAUCUUGUGAAAAUAAAACAUCUUUCUGAACUUCA